AUGACCCUCGUCCGGUUAUCAGCGACCAUAUGGCUGCUAUGGAUGGUGGUCCUGCCCCUCCGAACAGAUGCUGACCAGAAAUUCCCGCUGCCCGCCGUACCGCUUCCGCCCCCUCCGCCCUUUGCCCCCGGCAAAAAUCACUUUGCCCUUAACGCAUUUGCAGGGGAACAUUCCACCUCAUCCGAUGGAGGAGGGGGAGGCCACGCCCCCUCCAGCUCGCCGGGAUGCGGAGGGAUGCUGAAGGCCCGGCAUGGCAUUAUCCAGACGCCCAAUUUCCCGCACCGUUUCGGCACGCCCAUCGAAUGCGUCUGGAUAAUCGACGCCUCCGAUGUGCCGCCCCAGGGUCAGGGAAACGUCUCCAUCGUGGUCUAUCUGACCCAGCUCUACGUGCUCAGCGGCCUGAAGUUCACCGAGUACAUGUACUACUCGGAUGACUUCAAGGUGCCCGCCCAUCGGGUCUUCACGCUCACCGAGGACGACGUCACCCAGGUGACGUGGGUGCAGUUCCACAGCCAGUACCUGGAGAUCCGGUUCACCAUGGCCACGCUGGACGGAACCCAUCUGCGGGCUCUGGACCGCCUGCUGGACGUCUACGGGUUCAACAUCACCUACGAGGUGCAGAACGAGGUGAAGACCGCGCAGUGCAACACGCUGCAGUGCCGCUUCCUGGGCGAUUGCUACGCGAGUUCCGACUACAGCUCCUAUGGAUGCUCCUGUUUUCCGGGCUUCAGCGGCAGUGACUGUGGUCAUGGCCCACUGUGCAAGGACCUGCAUACCAACGUGUGCCAAAACGGCGGCACUUGCAAGCACAUCGGCGACGCCGCCAUAACUUGCCACUGUCCGAAGGGCUUUAAGGGGACCAGAUGCGAAAUACCCGAAAUAAACGAGACGACACAGGGCUGCACCAGCAACAGCAGCAACUCCAUUGAAUGCCAUCAGGCCUGCGACUUUGACAACUUCCGGAGUUCCGGUUCCCCAGCUGCCCAGAGUUAUUCGGCCCUCAAAAGUAACCGGAAUUCGGCACGCAGUGGCAAAACUCGAUACGAGGUGACCAUGCGACUGGGCGCCAAUCUUACGGGAUAUUAUCGACAUGCUGACCGGGAACAGUUGUCGGGCGUUAUGGAAAGACAGCUGGGCCGUGUUUUGCGAAACUUCAACAUCACCAAGAUAAGCGAUCUGGAACUCAUAUCGAACUCCACGGAUCGUCUGGACAUCACCUUUCACUUCUUCGGCGUCAAAGGAGACUCGCAGCGCAUCCGGGAUGCCAUCACCAGGAUGGUGGAGAGGGGCAGGAUAGGCAACUUCACCCUGGUGGCCAAUUUCCAUCACUUCGAUGAGAACCCACCGCUGAGCUUGCUGGAGCUGACCGUCAAUCAACCGCAAUCAGGAGUCCGCGAGGCCAGCGAGUUCAUCAUUUCCUGCACCGCCCAGGGCUCUUCGCGGAUGCAGUUCCAGUGGUUCAAGGACGGGGCUGUGGUGAACGCCACCCGGGCGACGAGGGAAAUCUGGACCACGGUCCUGCCGCCCGAAAGCAAAGAUGUCUACACCGCCAUUCUGGGCGUGACCAAGGCAAUUCGGAUAGACGAGGGCGUCUACAGCUGUAAGGUCACCGACUGGGGCGUCGAGCAGUGCCGCUCCCUGCACAUCCACAUCAAGUCCCCGCCCCGUCUGCGCGUGGAUCCGGCGAGUGUGACUCUGCAGCGGGGGGACUCCCUGCGGGUGCGGUGUCUUUCGCCCGGCAAUGAUGACAUCAAGAGGUACGCUCAGCUCGGCUACAGCUGGACCCGCAACGGGGUGCUCUUCCAAUCGGACGCAGCGACGGCGAUGUGGGAGGACCUCUAUCCCGACGGCAGCAUCCUGAAGAUCAACAACAUCCAGAAGUCGGCGGAGUACGCCUGCCUGGUGUCCAACAGUGUGCGGCCCGUGUCCCGGAGCGUCUACAUCAAUGUCAUCGAACGCAAUGCCGUGCACGUGUGUCCCACGGAGUCCACCUACGGCGUCCACUGGCCCACCAGUGCCCCCGGUGCUCCCAUCAUCACCGACUGCCCGCGGGGAUUCGAGGGUCACCUGCGCCGCAUCUGCGAGCAGCGGGACACGGGCAACUCCACCUGGCUGCUGCCCGACUUCUCUGGCUGCGUGAGGGACGAGCUGCUGCUCAUCUACAACCGCUUCCUGGCCCUGAGCGCCGGCUUCCAGCAGACGAACUCCUCCAACAUCCUGAAGGCCUGCUUCGACUUCACCCUGCAGAGGCGACACAGCUUCCUGCCCGGCGAGGCCAGCUUCCUCAUCGAUAUGCUGCACGAGCUCGACACCUACCUGCAAUUGAAAGGCACACAACUGGAGCGUGAGAUGGCCGCGGAGAUUAUACUGCGCAUCCUGGAUAAAGUCAUGCAGAAUGCCCAAUCCUUGAACAGUCAACAGCAAAUUAAAAAGCUGCAACAGCUAACGCAGUCGGCGGCGCUGAACCGCGAGACCAUCGCGGCCUCCCAAUUGGCCACCUCGACCAGCGGCAGCAGCCAGCCGUCGGCGGGCGACAGUUCGACCCGCGGCGACGAUGGCAGCGGGUCAGGGGUCGCGGCAGGUGAGAUUUCCGCGGCUCCUGCGGGCAGCAGCCUGCAGGCAACAAGAGCCGGCAGCGGAGGAGGUGGAGGCGGAGGAGGACCUGUACCGGGAACUGCAGCUGGAGCCUCGAGCAUCCUGACUGUCGAUGAGGACACCCUUUCGCUGGACAGACUGAACUCGCUGCGCAUUUACAUGACAUCGGUGAAAACGCUGCCGUUUAAUUUACGCAUUUACGGCGAGGAUUUGUUUUCGGACCAGCUCUACAUGGACAUCGGACUCUCCGGCCGUCUGCUGCACAUCAUGGCCAACUCGACGAUAUUCGCCUCGGUCAUCUCGUACAAGAAUCUCAAAAGUUUCCUCCCGAAAACCUACUACACGCGUGGCAGCGAUCCCAGGGACUCGGAUUACGUUCUCGCCUCGCGGAUCAUCCAAACCUGGCUGUUCCAGUCGAAUCGCUCCAACGAUAACUUCCGCGAACCCCUGGACCUGCCCUUCGAGGCUGGUCACGUGGAGAUAAUCUUUCAGCAUGAGAGCGUCCCCAAAACAGGUGAUUGGGUGGCCGUUUGUGGUCACGACUACAAGGCCUCCUUCGACUCGACGUGGCGAUCGGAUCUGUGCAUCACCAAGCACCUGAUGGCCAACAUAACGCGGUGCAUCUGCCCGCUGUCGGGAACCUACGUGGUCAUGCUCACCAAGCGGCAGCCCAAUGCCACCCCCUCCCACGCCCUGCGGCGCCCCAUCUUCGUGAUCGCCAGCUGCGCCUGCUGCCUCCUCCAGUGCGGAUCCGCCCUCCUCAUCCUGGUGCCCAUCUGGUGCAAUCGCAAGUGCGCGGUCACGUUCCUCAAGAUGCAGUUCUGCGUCUCCACGUCGAGUGUGAUGCUCAUUUACCUGCUGGGAUUCAUGAAAAUGCUGCCGGUGAGCUGGCACGGCGUCAUUAGCAGCUCGCUGGCCUCGCUACUCUUGCUGGGCAUCUCGACGCUGAUUGCGAUUGCCCUGGCCAUUCACACGGAGCUGAUGCCUCGGAAGUAUCUGCAUCUGCAGCUGCAGCAGGCCAGCAGCAAACCGGGGACGCCCACUAAGCGCCGCCUGGAGCGGGAACGAGAAGCGGGACACCGGGAGCGGGAACGGGAGCUCGAGAGCUUGAGCAACAUCACGCAGAUCCGGUCUCAGUCGCCUCUGGGAGGUAGCUCCUCCUCCAAUCCCAGCCAGCGUCGCCCACCGCCCAUCAGUUCGGCGACAGCGGGAAUGCGUGGCGCCAUCGGCAUCAGUUGGCUCCUACCGCUCCUCUUCGCCGUGGCCGCCCCGCUAAUCUGCAGCAUCAUUGGCCAGUGGCCGCGACACUGGUGGCUGGAGGUCCUCUGGACGGGAUCUCCGUCCCCGGAUGCCAGCGCCGCCGGCAAGGAGGAGGAGGAUUCUGGAGCCUUCUAUUCAACUCACUCGCUCUUCAAUGGCGAUAAUUUACUGCUGGGAGAGAUGGGAAAUGGAACGAGCAGUCCGCCAACAGAGACAUCAUCAUCGAGCAUUCAAGGAGUCGAUGAAGAUGACGAUGAUGCGGCCACGUCAACGUCAUCAAUCACGGCUAUGGGAACUGCAAGCAGCAGUGGAGUCAGUGGAUUCAGUGGUUCUUGGAGAGGCACUCCCUCCUCCACCUCCACUUCCGUUUCCGCGCUGGCUGCGCCUCUAACUUCCGGUCUGAGUGACGCCUCCUCGACAGCUUCGCCCUCUUUGAGCUUCAUUCUGUUCGUCUGCAUCGAUCUGCUCUUCGUCCUGCUCUUCCUGGCCCUGUUUGCCAUUUUAAUGAAGAAACUUUUGUGGUUGUGGCACAAGAAUCGCAAUGUGCAUACGCAUCCGUUGGAUAAAUUCAAUCUGGCUUUGCGGAGGCGAUUCGGAUUACUCUACCGGGCGGGCGGACUGCUCCUGGCCAAAAUCUGCUGCGACGGACUCUUCAUCGCUUAUGUUAAUUCAUCACCGGAUACUUUGUGGGCAUAUCCGUUCGGCAUAUCGUGCAUAUUAUUGGGCUCGGCCAUCCUCAUCUGCUUCGUCAUCAAGGCCGAGAGCCAGCUGCGAGGACCGCCCUUCCUGGGCAGCAACGGGAGCAGCCAGAGCAGCUCGCUGAAGCAGGCCAAAUUCAAUACCAGCAGGAGCAGUCUGGACGAGAAUUACUGCACCACGACGACGACGGCCAAUGUGAACAGUCCGCUGAGCUUCUACACCAACCACGACAAGGAGAAGGAGAACGACUGCGCCGUGUCCUUGUCAAUGUCCAAUGCAGGCGUGUCCGCCGCAGCAGUCGGAUCCUUGGCCUCGUCAGCCGGCCAGUGUGCCCCGCCCCUGCAGUCGAAGGUGGGCCUGGAGCUGUCCGGAGCACCGGGAUCUGCCGGUGUUCCCCUGCCGUUGACAAUCAUCUCGACGGCGCCGCGCUGCCAGUCGGGAGGAGCAGAUGGAGCGGCCGAGUCCUUCCUGGGCGACCGCCAGACCCUCUCGGUGGCCCCCUCGCCAGACACCCGUUGCUGCGCCCUUUUGGGCGGCGGCCCUGCCUACGAUGCGUAUACCAUGGGCAUGGGUGUGGGCAUGGGCGUGGGGAUGGGCGGACUCACAGGAAGCCUGGGGAGGCGUACGUUGCAUCAGCAGCCGACGCAUUAUCGCCCCGGACCCUGCGGCGAGUUUGUGGGCGUCGAGACGCUCGAUAUCCUGCAGGGCGUGGCAGCCGACAGUAUAAUUGGCAUCCACACCAGUGCGAUAAUGCCCACUGCCACAAGCACUUCUCAUUAUGUUCCGCUGCAGCAUAAUCCCUACGUGGACUUUGUGCCCAGCUCCCUAAUCCUCAGCAUGGCGCCACCGCCGACCAUAAGCGGCAACCUGAGUGGAGCUGCGAUGCCAGGGAUUCCGGCGAUGUCCCUGCCCACCCAGACGCCGAAGACGCAGAAGCGAGUGACCAUCCUGGAGCCGACGUCCCACGCGACCUUUGACCCCCUGCUGCCCACCAUGGUGGCUGCGGUGGUCUCCACCUCGACGGUCACCAGCACGGCGACCACGACCCCGGCCACGCCCACUGCCACGCAGAGUGGCAAUGCCAAUGAUGCAACUCUGGAUCGCAUCACCCUCGAUCUGGACUACCUGCUGAACAGGGGGGCAGUGGAUGCCACAGAGAAAGGUGGGGUGCCACCACCAGUGACCAGUGAGGAUGGUCAGCAGAAGCAGCAAAAACAAUAGCAAUAUCCCCGACACUAAGAUGCAUUUAAGAGGCUUCGUUUUUCUAUCGAAACGUGUAAAUAUAUGUAAAUCAAAUUCCACAACUAAACUACAGUAGAGAUCUCUGUGAAUAUUCAUGUAUGCUUAACGUAAGGAUAACAAUCAGUUGAAGUCCUGGUCCUACCCAAUACUUUAUCAAAUGAGCCCAUCCAAUCCUAGUUUUCAUUGAACCUCCAGAAGGCCAGGUUUAAAUGGAUCUUUAGUUAAAAAUAAAUUCAUGAAAUGUUCCAAGUCAAUGUCUUUUAAAGUGAUUUGGACACUAAUCAUAACUAGUCUCAUAUUUAGAGUAAAAAUUUAUAUUUACGUCUUUGCAUAUGUAAACAAAUUGAAAGAAUUUAAAACUAAUGAUAACUUUUUAGCUAGAUUUACAAAAGCCUAUUGAAGAGAACACAAUGAAAAUGAA